AUGAUAAACAUUUUACCAAACCCUUUAACAAAUAAGGAUCCAAACUUAAAAAAUGCGUUUCUUCUUAAUGAAUUUAACAAUAGUAAUAGCGAAUUUGAAUAUAGAAGUGCGGAUGAUGAUGAUAUUCUUGAUGAUGAAACCACAAGUUAUGCAUCUGGAAAUCUUGAUAGAAACAAUAACGAUAAUAAUAUUGAUACAUUUGUUUUGGAUAAGCUGAGCUUCGAAAAUGCUAGACUUUUUGCUGAAAAUGAUGAAAUUUCUUGUGAUAAUUUUUGGGAAGAGGAUGAUGAUGAACUAGAGAAAGAUUCGGCAUUUUCAACAGAAUUAGAAUCAGCUUCGAAUUUAACACAUGAUGAAAGUAUAGUAUUAGAAGAUUCAAACCUUAUAGCUAAUAAUACU